AUGGAGACGCCAGCUGUGGACAUCGAUAAUAUCAUUGAUCGGUUGUUAGAAGUAAGAGGGUCGAAGCCUGGGCAGCAAGUGGACUUGGAAGAACAUGAGAUCCGAUACCUGUGUUCCAAGGCAAGAUCAAUUUUCAUCAAGCAGCCCAUCCUACUGGAGCUAGAAGCACCAAUAAAGAUAUGUGGUGAUAUCCACGGACAAUACUAUGAUUUACUCCGCCUGUUUGAGUACGGUGGAUUCCCUCCAGAAAGCAAUUAUUUGUUUUUGGGAGACUACGUGGAUCGCGGUAAACAGUCGUUAGAAACGAUCUGUUUGUUAUUGGCGUACAAAAUCAAGUAUCCUGAGAAUUUCUUCAUUCUGAGGGGCAAUCACGAGUGUGCGUCGAUCAACCGUAUUUACGGUUUCUACGACGAGUGUAAGAGACGUUACAAUAUCAAACUAUGGAAAACUUUCACGGACUGCUUUAACUGCCUGCCAAUCGCCGCGAUUAUUGACGAGAAAAUCUUUUGCAUGCACGGUGGGUUGUCGCCGGAUCUCAACACUAUGGAACAGAUCAGAAGAGUCAUGAGGCCUACGGAUAUUCCAGACGUGGGGCUACUUUGUGACUUGUUGUGGUCUGACCCCGACAAAGACAUUGUGGGGUGGUCGGAGAACGACAGAGGUGUGUCCUUCACCUUUGGUCCGGACGUGGUGAGCCGUUUCCUACAAAAGCAGGACAUGGAAUUGAUAUGCAGGGCGCACCAAGUCGUCGAGGAUGGUUACGAAUUUUUCAGUAAGAGACAGCUAGUAACUUUGUUCAGUGCCCCUAACUAUUGUGGUGAGUUUGACAAUGCCGGAGCUAUGAUGAGCGUCGAUGAGAGUCUAUUGUGCUCCUUCCAGAUUUUGAAGCCCGCUCAAAAGACGUUGCCCAGACCACAAGGCAAGAAGAAGAAAUGA